AUGGCGUACAGCAAUGAGACGGCGCCGGACUACUACGACGGCUACGACGGGACCUACGACUACUUCAUCCCGGCGAACAUGUCCCAUCGCCCGCAGGGGGAGAUGCAGGUCAUCGAGGAGCUCCGCUUCAAGCUGCUGAUCUCCCGCGUGGUGCUCGGGGUCGUCUACGGCAGUAUCCUGUUCGUCUGUACCGUGGGCAACCUCCUCCUGCUGGUCGUCAUGUACAGGUUCAAGAAAGCCAGGACCAGAGCAAAUCGCCUCCUGGUCAACCUGGUGUUGUCGGACCUGCUGACGUCACUGCUGUGUGUGACGUUCAACAUUGACUACUACGUGGUGAGGGGCGAGGACUGGGUGUUCGGGGCGCCCAUGUGCGCAAUCGUCAACUACAUCAAGACCGUGAGCCUCUACGUGUCCACCAACACCCUGGUCACCAUGGCAGUGGACAGGUGCAUCGCGGUGACGUCGGGUCUCCGGACGGAGAACUGCCGCAUCAGCCUGACCGUCCCUAUCACCCUGGUGUGGAUCGUCUCGGCUCUCCUCGCCAUCCCGGACGCCAUCUUCUCCGACACCGUGCAGUUCCACGCCGCGGACAUCGCCAUCAUGGCCCUCCCGUCCACGUUUCCCGCCACCAACGUGUCCUUACCGCACCACGACAAGGCGAAGACGUACUGCCGCCGCAUCUGGAGUAUCGAUCAGCGAAUGGCCUACAGAGCGAACUACCUGUUCUUGUUCGUGGCCGAGUUCGCCAUUCCUGUCACCAUCAUGACGGUGUGCUCCGCCCUGGUUGCCCGGAAAGUGUGGGACCGGAAGUUCCCGGGGAACAUCAACCCGUGGCAGCUUCGCGCCCAGAAGCGGUCCCGCAGGAAGACCGUCCUCCUCCUGCUCCUGGUCGCGUCCUUCUGCCUCUGCCUGGGCCCUUUCUACGUCUACGCGCUCAUCCGGGACUUCUUCGGACACCUGCUCCACAGCGAGUCCACCAACACCAUGAUCUUCUACAUCGUGGAGGCCGUUGCCAUGGCAAACUGCCUGAUUGACACCCUGGCCUACGUCGCCGUUGACAACCGGAUGAGGAGAUACAUCGGGAAGCUGCUCGUCUGCUUUUCCUGUCAAUCAAAGGGCAACAACGCGGCACGGGCUGAUGCGGAGACCAAAAUGGGGAGGUCGUCCACUUAUGGAAACACCCCUAUCCAGAUGCGCGUGCGCAGGGGUAAAACAGAAGCGAGCUCGAGUUUGUAAGCGAUGCAGCCAUUGGACGACAGCUGUUG